AUGACUUUUGCGACCCUUGCGAUCCUUGUUGUACUAACGAGGAACUCGCUCGUGAACGGCGAAUGGGGCAAUGAAGAGCGUGAGGGCAAGAAUCCCUUCGAGAAAGGCGUCGGUUUCGACUUGGAAAUCAAAAACGAGGAAUUCGCAUACCAGGUGAGAGCUAAUUUCUCUGCGAAAAUAAGUAAGGAUUUUUACUGUGAAAGUUUUGUAGAGCUCUGCAGCAGCGCUUAUAAUCAUUUUCCUCAAUGAAA